UUGGCUUCAGACGAUAAACAAAAGACUUUUAAUAUUUCCCUGACAAGCCCACGAAAGUCCCGGUACCUUUCCACAAUGGAGGGGUCUGCUCUUCAUCGCCACUAGUCCCCCUUUUGUAAUUUUUUUCCACUUCUUUUCUCCGCCUCCUCGCCACUUCUACCAUGUUACCAGGCAAGAUAGGGCCCGGACGGCGUGCCUUCUCUUUUUGAUUGGCUGGCCCCUAAAGAGAGGGCGUGAUUUCCGAGCUCCUAUAUAAACAUUGUUGCGGCGCAAGCUAGAAGCCGCAGAACUCGACAGCUGGUAGAGGCAGCAAGCGAGAAGGGAGGAAUAAAUUUUUUGCAGCCAGUAAACGUUUUUCUAUUUUAAGCUGAUGCAUUUGACAAACUUACAAGCCCUCGACAGCUCAUCUCCGUCUCCAGUGGAGAGCAGUCCCAGGAGGUUGUCGUGGGGCAAAAUGGUGCAAAGACUGGCUGACUUCAGCAGCAGCAGUAUGGAGGCCAAGUCCAACAAUAGCAGUAGGAGCGACCUCUCCGACUCAGCAUCCGACGUCUCCGGCGAGCUGUCCCCCUCCACUGAAGACCUCUUCUACGACCCCAUGGAGGAGACCAUCCUGAAAGAAGUUGUGGACCUCAUCGAACGUUGCCUGAAGGAGGCCAAAGACUCAGACUGCGCCUUGAGGUGCGCCAAGCUCCUCAUCCCGGAGAAACUCCUGGAGCACAUCGGCCAGGAGCUCCUCCACCUCGCGGCCAGCGAGCCGUGCGGCCUGCGGGGGGCCCUCAUUGACCUCUGCGUGGAGCAAGGGGCGCUGUGUUACGAGAGCGUGGCCCAGCUCUCGGUGGACCCCUACCUGGUGCCCACCUUUCAGCUGACUCUGGUGCUGAGGCUGGACUCCGGCGGCCUGUGGCCUAAAAUCCAAGGACUUUUUAGCCCUAAAUCUCCCUCGCAAGCGAUUAAGCUGAGCACCGGAUUUCGCGUCAUCAAGAAGAAACUUUACUGUUCCGAGGAGCUUCUCAUCGAGGAAUGUUAAAGGGACAUGAGCUUGAAGAAGGGCCUUAUAUUCUUACUGUAACUGCCUUCGGUAAGGUGGAAGGAUGUCAUAUGCGGUACAAAUGUCACAUCCAUGCAUUCUCCCAAGUAUUUUACAUGUGAACCUCAGUUUCUAUGGAAACCACCAUACAAUGGCAGCUAGCUAUACAGUAUGCUCUUUUUUUUUUUUUUUUCCAAAAAUGGCAUACGUAUAAUUUGAUUGUAUGCUGAGCAAACAGCUUCUAGUGUCAUUUCCUACCUGUGUGGACUUGUCCUUCAUGCUUCUCUCAGAGUUUAAUUUAUUAUUUGAUAUUCAAAUGUUCAUGACAUUGCACUGUUUUUCUUUUUUGUAUUUUAAUACAGUCACAAAAAAAUACAUUAUUUUU